AUGUUGAGGAGAUUCUCUACCCAGUUCAAGCGGUCCAAGGACUCCAAGGAUUCCAAUGGUGACACCGAGCCCAAGAGCACAGACAAGAGCAGCAAGCGCGCCUCUAAGGUCUCACCACCUCGGAAGUCCUCCUCUACUAAGGAGGAAAACCACAUCGUAAAGCGUGCCGAGGUCGUUGCUGUAUUCGAGAAAUACGCGCAAGCAAUUCACGCUUCGGAGGAGCCUCUGCCUAACCAGACCAGUGAUGGCGCCUACUUGAAACACGACAAGUCGUCCGGUCUCAUCAAUGACAUCAAGUCGCUGGGAUUCCGCGAUGUCAACACUGUCAAAGACCUGAUUGCGAGCAAAGCCUCUGGCGAACUUGUUGAUGACAAGACCUACUUGAUGGAGCGCAUAAUCCAGAUGGUCGCGGAUUUGCCCGGUAACUCCAAGAACCGUAUUGAGCUCACCAGUACAUUUCUGGAUGAGCUAUGGAACUCAAUUCCUCACCCGCCUCUCUCUUACAUGGGAGACGAGUACAAGUACCGCUCCGCCGAUGGCUCAAACAACAAUCCUACUCUCCCGUGGCUGGGAGCUGCUAAUACCGCAUACUGCCGCACCAUUCCUCCCCUGACCAUCCAGCCCAGCGGAUUGCCCGACGCCGGUCUGAUUUUUGAUACCCUCUUUGCUCGUCAGGAGUUCACUCCCCACCCCAACAAGGUCUCCAGUGUUUUCUUUGACUGGGCCUCUCUGAUUAUUCACGAUAUCUUCCAGACCGAUUACCGCCAACAGCACCUGAACAAGACCUCUUCUUACCUGGACUUGUCCAUUUUGUACGGUGACAUCAAGGAGCAACAGGAUCUGAUUCGUUCCCACCAGGACGGAAAGCUGAAGCCCGAUUGCUUCUCCGAGGGUCGUCUGCAGGCUCUUCCUGCUGCCUGCGGUGUUCUGCUGGUUAUGCUGAACCGUUUCCAUAACCACGUUGUUACGCAGCUGGCUGAGAUCAACGAGAAUGGUCGCUUCAGCAAGCCCCGCCCUGGUCUGUCCGAGGAGGACACCAAGAAUGCCUGGGCCAAGCGUGAUGAGGAACUGUUCCAGACCGGUCGUCUUAUCACUUGCGGUCUGUACAUCAACAUUACUCUAUAUGAUUACCUGCGCACCAUUGUCAACUUGAACCGCACAAACUCCACCUGGUGUUUGGAUCCCCGUGCCCAGGCUGAGAAGGCCGGUUCCACUCCUUCCGGUCUCGGCAACCAGUGCUCUGUCGAGUUUAACUUGGCUUACCGUUGGCACUCGGCCAUCAGUCAGGGCGACGAGAAGUGGAUUGAGCAGAUCUACCAUGACCUUAUGGGCAAGCCUGCCGAGGAGGUCACCAUGCCUGAGCUACUGAUGGGUAUGAAGAAGGUUGAGGGUCUGCUCGAGGCUGACCCAGCCAAGCGUACCUUCGCCCGCCUGCAGCGUGACGCGGAUGGAUUCUUCGACGAUGGAGAGCUUGUAAACAUUCUGAGCCAUGCCACCGAGGACGUGGCCAGCUCUUUCGGUCCCCGAAACGUACCCAAGGCCAUGCGCUCUAUCGAGAUCCUCGGUAUCGAGGCUUCGCGUAGAUGGAACGUCGGUUCCCUCAACGAGUUCCGUAAGCACUUCGGCCUGAAGGCUUACGAGACUUUCGAGGAAGUCAACUCCAACCCCGAGAUCGCUGAUACUCUCCGUCACCUCUAUGAUCAUCCCGACUACAUUGAGCUGUACACUGGUAUCGUUACCGAGGAGGCCAAGGAGCCCAUGAUCCCUGGUGUCGGUAUUGCCCCGACCUACACCAUCUCCCGUGCUGUGCUCUCGGAUGCCGUUGCCCUUGUCCGUGGUGAUCGUCACUACACUAUUGACUACAACCCCCGUAACCUAACCAACUGGGGUUACAACGAGUGCCGCUACGACCUCAACAUCAACCAGGGCUGUAUCUUCUAUAAGCUGGCCACGCGCGCCUUCCCUAACCACUACAAGCCUGACUCCAUCUACGCCCAUUACCCUAUGACCAUCCCCAGCGAGAACCGUAACAUCAUGAAGGAUCUGGGCCGUGAGCAGGAUUACUCCUGGGACAAGCCCGCCUUCAUUGAGCCUCGUGUCAACCUGGCCUCCCACCAGAAUGCCAAGCUCCUCCUCGAGAACCAGAAGGACUUCCGUCCCAGCUGGGCCCGCUCCAUGUCUGAGCUCUUCGGCAAGGGCGAUUUCGAUACCAAGCAGCGCGAGGCUAUCGGCAAGGCUCUCAAUACCGAGGAGUUCCCCAAGCUCGUCAAAACUUUCUACGAAGACAUCACUGAGCGUUUGAUUGCUGAGAAGGGUGGCCAGCUGGGCAAGAUCAACCAGAUCGAUAUCACUCGCGAUGUCGGCAACCUGGCCCACGUCCACUUCGCCUCUACCAUCUUCGGCGUUCCCCUGAAGACUGAGCAGAACCCGCAGGGUCUCUUCACCGAGCACGAGAUGUACAUGAUUCUUUCCACUAUCUUUUCCGCGCUCUUCUUCGAUGUCGAUGCUCCUCGCUCGUACGCUCUGAACCGCGCCGCCUCCGCCGUCUCCACCCAGCUUGGCCAGGUCGUCGAGGCCACUGUCAAGGCCGACACCAACAGCGGUCUCUUCUCCGGCAUCAUAGACAGCUUCCGCCCGCAUGACAAUGCUCUCCGCGAGUUCGGAACAGAAGCUAUCCGCCGCAUGAAGGAGGCCGGCUCCAGCGCCUCAGACAUUACCUGGUCCGCCAUCGUCCCGACGAUGGUCGGCCUGGUCCCCAGCCAGGGUCAGGUCUUCACCCAGAUCAUCGAGUUCUACACCGCGCCCGAGAACAAGGCCCACCUGGCUGAGAUCAACAGCCUCGCCAAGACCGACUCCGCCGAAUCCGACGAGAAGCUGUACCGCUACUGCCUGGAGGGUAUUCGCCUGAACGGCACCUUCGGCGCCUUCCGCGAGGCCAAGGAAGCUGUCACCGUCGAGGAGGACGGCAAGACCUACACCAUCCAGCCCGGUCAGCAAGUCUUUGCCUCUUUCAACCAGGCCAACCACGACCCCAGCGUCUUCCCCGAGCCCACCCAGGUCAACCUUAACCGCCCUCUUGACUCAUACAUCAACCACGGUCAGGGUCCCACCACCGGAUUCGGUGAGCAGAUCACUAAGAUCGCGCUCGUUGCUAUGCUGCGUGUCGUCGGUCGUCUGCAGGGUCUCCGUCGUGCUGCCGGUGCCCAGGGCCAGCUUAAGAAGAUUCCCCAGGAGGGUGGAUACUACGUUUACCUCCGCGGUGAUGGAACUUCUUACUGUCCCUUCCCCAUGUCGCUUAAGCUGCACUGGGAUGGUCCCUUUGAGCAGAAGAAGAAGGCUACAUCUUCCUGA